UAGAGGUGAGAGUGGGAUGAAAGAUUCGCAGCCGAGCACGCGAGAAUCGGCCUGGAGGAGCGACGCCGAUCUCCUUGAGGAUCGCGCGCUCUCUCGCGGACGCGCAUCUCGAAGCAGCGCCGGGAGCAGCGCCUUUUCCUUUCUCUUUCUCCGUAGCAGUGGGAGGGCUCGAGCUCUCGAGCGGACAACCGAAUAGCGGCCGCAGUCAGCCAGCCAGCGAGCAAACGGUGGCCGACGGGAGACGGAGCGGAGCCCAGGUAGAGCCGAGUAACCCAGCCGAGGGAAGCCGCCACGAGCAAGUCGAGCAUCAUGGGUCUCCAGGGUCUGCAGGGCGCUUUCAUUCUUUUGCAGAUUUGCUGUCUCUUGGCGUUAACGGUGGCAGUAACGAGAGAUGAACAGCAAUUAUCAGAUGUGCCUCUAAUUCAGGGUAUACCGAUAAUAUCCUCACAAGCCCGGACUGCACGUAUCGCAGAAUUUGUGUCAUCACACAAGAUACCAGAUAACAUUAAUCACAAAGAUGCUCGACUUCUUGAUCGCAUUGAUCGUGAAAAUGAGGAGGAAGAGGAGGAUAAAGCUGAUACUGACCUUGGAAACUACGGCAACUCAAGACUAUUCUACGAGGAUGAAGUACCGCUAAGAAGAACCUUGUCCCAGCAAAGUCAUCAUUACUCAAGUGGCAAGCAAAAUCUCCGAGACAGAGAUGAGACUUUUUCUGGCGUUCGUGUCAGCCAUGAAAACCCAACAACAAUGCUACCAAUUUUAACUACUCAAAGAGACAAUCAACUUUUCGAUUUUGUUCCGGUUAAUAUAAUUCGAGAAGAUGCCAAGGGAAAUCCCUUCGCUCCAUUCGAUAAUAAAAAUUUUGAAGAUCUCGGUGAUAUUAGUCUUGUGCCUGCAGGUUCCAACACUAGAAUUCAGGUAAAGAAAGGUCCGAACGGCAAAGAUUAUGAAUACGAAUACGUGUACUACUACUAUGACGAAGAAGAUGAAGGUAAGGGCGGGGCCACAGCUAGUAAUUCACAAGAAGCACCUACGAGAACGUCGGCACCCACCUCGAAUUCCGGAACACCACCAAGGCGCAGUAAUCCUAACCGCAAUAAGUAUAGUACGCUUGACAGAACCACGACCAUUGAACCCGUCAUUAACGAGGUGAUACCAAGCGGAAAUGGAAGUAGGGCUAGACAACUAGAUAACAUUAACGUGGAUAUAUCUGAAGAGAGAUUGCCAACCAAUACUCGCUUUCCACCGAGAUCGCGAGUGAAUCAAGCCGCAGAUACAACAGAGCGCGUCAACCGGGUUCGAGGUAAUCGUCAAAGAACUACUCUUGACUCUAUCGAUUCAAGCAGCUUUCGAGGCCAGCAGGAGGGUCCGGAAUUUCCACAAAAUCUUCCAAAUGGGCCUGUAAGAUUCCUUGGAGUGACGCCUAACGAGGGCAGCGAAGAUAAAACGACAUCACGUGUUCGUAACAGACCUCAAAAGGUUCAAGAACCCGCACCUGUCCAUGAAAGUUAUGAGGAUCCAACGUACACGAGGAAGCGACCGGUAGUUGAACAAUAUGAUAACUCGGAUGGUCAAGAGAAAAUUCAGCUUCAAACCCAAACUCAAUUCCGACAACAUCCAUAUUCAAGUAAAGACGAUGAGUUCAGUGCACCUAUUCCUAUGAGUUCAACUUCGAGAAAUUUACCAGAAGACAGAGACUUUUAUACAGAUCUCAUAACGGAAGUUACUGAUAGCCCCACUACUCAAGUACCUCAAGCAAUGGAUAAAGUCGCAUUGGAUUUAUACGCAUUUCUACAGCAAGGACGUAGUAACCUGGUAGAUUUCGUGAAGGAUAUCGAUGAUGAUAGUUCGACUACCGAGCCUCCAUUUAACUUCGGAGAGAUUACUACCAUGGCAGAAAGUGAUAUUGAAGACUACACUUCAACUGCAGGUCCACCAACAACUACUCCUACAACCACUAGUACAAGUACAACGACUACACCGGCGACGACUACAACUACAACCACGACCACUGCUGCACCGCCAUCAAGUACCGAGGAAGCAAAUAAUGUGGUACCAGCUCUUGGUCGCGGUAAAUUCCGAAGGCCAACAGUAGGCGGUCCUGUUGUAUCCCGAAAUCGAUUUAAGUCAGGCGCUAUCUUACCAAAUUCAAACAGUGCUGAACCUAAGCCUACUGAACCUAGCUCGGUGAAUAGCUCGACACAGAAAAUUCGUGGCCGUUUUGGUCAGGCUUCAGGGAACGGAGGUUUUAAACGCGCUAGACCCUCGGGACACAAACAAUCACAACAGCCGAGUGCCAGUUUAGAUGAACAAGUGCAAAAAGAGAGCGCAGAUAAAGUAAUUGUCGAAGGGAAGCCUGGGCCUGGUCGAGGUCGCUUUAGGGGAGCAGCAGCUCGCUCAGGUUCACAAGCUAAAACAACAUCUGGAACGCUAAUACGAGAUAAAGUGACGACUACAACGGGCAACCCGUCUUCGUUAGGACCUGUACAUCGACCUGGUGGCUUCAAUAAACUCAGUCCUAUUGCUAGACGACGUGGAAAUCGGCCAGCUGUUGAACAGAACUCACCAUCAAGCGAACAAACAACAUCUUCGGUAAGUCCGGGCCAGGAAAGUAGUUCUAACGAACAACAACGACCAUUAUCUAAAUUACCAACAAUUGGAUUACGACCUAAGCCACUUAACAAACCCAUCAUUAAACCCGGUGCUGGAAGAUUAAAUUUAAGACCCAGGCCAGGACAAUCUACGCCCUCGUCAACGGCCGAAGCUGUUGCGGUAGACGCGGCAUCCUCGCCACCUACCGUUGAAGCUGCAGCUGAUGAACCAGCAAGUGAGGGUACAGAAGAAGAAACUAGAGAAGCACCUGUUGAGUCGAGUCCAGCAGCACGUCCUGUUACAGUCAAUCCUUUAAAUAAGCUGCGCAAUCGUAAUAGAAUACAAGUGCAACCGAAGACGACGACUGCAAGAACACCUUUACCACCGGCUUCUCGACGCUCCCCCCUACUAUUACCUCGUCGCAAAACAACGGAGACGCCAAUCGAAGUAGCUGAGCCCGUUACAGAUGCUCAGCUAGAUGCUGCUCCUGCUUCCGACGAAUCUGAAACAACACAGUCAUCCCCAUCGGCUUCCGAGGCUAAUAUCCCAAUUACUUUGAAACACGAGGAGUCAAGCAAGAGUCUGAGCAGUUUAUUAACGCCUAGACGUAGGAUAGCUUUGAGAAGACCGGGGCAGCCAAUAUCUCUCGCUUCUGAGUAAAUUCUAUCCAAGCUUAGAGUGAUUGACUCGGAUAAAGUAAUGUAACGAACCGAGCUUACUUAUUCAUAAAAUGUACUAACGCAGCUCAACUUAUCAUUUCAAUUCAAUAGACACAAAGCUUCAUACUCUUGGAAUACGUUCAUACGUUGGAAAACCCUACGUUACAAGAGUAUCGUUUAAGCAGAGUUCUCAAAGUACUUAUUUUCACAAUUGAAACUGUUAGCUAGCAAGAUUUGGAUUUUCUAUAAUUAAAUAAUAUAACGCUAAUACGUAAACCAUUGGUUCAAGCUUAGAACUAAUGCAAUACUAAAUUUUGAAAUUCCGUACAUUUUUCACUCACUAUUAUAUGGCAAAGUUUCAAUGUAAACAAAAAAUUGGAGUGUACACUUUGUGAGUGAGACUAAGAAACCGAUAUUAAAAAGUUGGGUAUCUGUAACGCCGCUCAUGAAAUCACUGAAUAUUUUAGUAGUUGAAACAUCAAAUUCAUUGAAUUAUUGUGUAAUCUUGGUAACACAAUUACGCGACUACUUACCUAUUCCAACGUAUUCAACUUUAUUUUAUAUUUAAUAUCAUUGAGAGAUGUUGCAUUUGACGGUUUAUUUUCAUCUUUGCAUCUCUGCUUUGAAUUUAUUACGAGACAAUUUUUUGUUACUGUAGUUGUGUAACAAAAAGUAUUAAGGCUUCGUAUAAAGACAAAAAUACAUUAAAGAAAACAUAAGCCUCGUAAAGGUUUAUCGUAAUUUCUUCAUUUGUACCGUGCUAUUGGAGAAAAUGGUUAUAUCUACAUAAGCAUGUUGCUUAACAAACAUCUUUUUUAAUUUAAAGAAAUAUGAAAGUCAUUUCGAAAAAUACUAUUAUACU